AUGGCAGGAAGCUGGGAUGGAAGCCAGUCAGAUGAUAGCUCUCAUUUCGAGCGAGGAGUAGAUCAUAUCUACGAAGCAUUCAUCUGCCCGUUGACGAAGGAGGUUAUGCAUGAUCCUGUUACUUUGGAGAAUGGGCGAACAUUCGAGCGUGAAGCCAUUGAAAAAUGGUUCAAGGAAUGUCGGGACAGUGGGAAACCUCUGUCUUGCCCUAUAACUUCUCAGGAGCUGAGUAGCGCUGAUGUAUCCCCCAGUAUAGCUCUUCGUAACACGAUCGAAGAGUGGAGAUCCAGGAAUGAUGCUGCGAAGCUUGACAUUGCUCGUCAGGCGCUGUUUUUAGGAAAUGCUGAGGAAGAUAUUUUGCAAGCUUUGAUGCAUGUUCGCCAAAUUUGCAGGAACAUCCGAUCAAGCAGGCAUGGCAUGCGCAACACUCAGCUUAUUCGUAUGGUCGUCGACAUGUUAAAAAGUACUAGCCAUAGAGUGCGGUAUAAGGCUUUGCAAACUCUUCAAGUUGUUGUUGAAGGAGAUGACGAGAGCAAGGCAAUACUAGCUGAAGGGGACACUGUGCGUACGCUAGUGAAGUUCUUAUCACAGGAGCCAUCAAAGGGGGGGGAGGCAGCUGUUUCCUUGUUGCUUGAGCUCUCCAAAUCAGAAGCUUUGUGCGAGAAGAUUGGUUCGAUAAAUGGAGCACUUAUUUUAUUGGUUGGUCUGACAAGCAGCAAUUCUGUAAAUGUCUCAAUAGUCGAGAAAGCUGAUAGAACAUUGGAAAACAUGGAGAGGUCAGAAGAAAUUGUUAGGCAGAUGGCUUCCUAUGGUAGACUCCAGCCUCUUCUAAGCAAACUCCUUGAAGGUUCACCUGAGACAAAACUCUCUAUGGCUUCCUUUCUUGGGGAGCUUCCCUUAAAUAACGAUGUGAAGGUUCUUGUGGCUCAGACUGUGGGUUCUGCUCUUGUUGAUCUUAUGAGAAGUGGUGACAUGCCACAACGGGAAGCUGCCCUGGGGGCUCUUAACAAAAUCUCAUCGUUCGAAGGGAGUGCUAAGGUCUUAAUCAACAUAGGAAUUCUCUCCCCACUUAUCAAAGAUCUGUUUUAUGUUGGGCCAAACCAACUUCCAAUUCGGUUGAAAGAAGUCUCUGCGACUAUUCUUGCUAACAUAGUGAACAUUGGCUAUGACUUUGACAAAGUCUCUGUUGGAGCGGCUCACCAAACUCUUCUUUCAGAAGACAUAGUGGAGAAUCUUCUCUAUCUAAUUAGUAACACGGGUCCAUCAAUCCAGUGCAAGCUGUUGGAGGUGCUUGUUGGACUCACCAGUUGCCCGAAAACAGUUGUAAAUGUCGUGUCUGCAAUUAAAACCUCCGGUGCAAUCAUCAGUUUGGUUCAGUUCGUAGAGGUUCGAGAAAAUGAUGAUUUGCGUUUGGCUUCCAUAAAGCUACUACAUAACCUUUCCCCACUCUUGAGUGAAGAACUAGCCACUGCCUUACGUGGCACUGUUGGACAACUAGGAAGCCUUGUUGCAAUCAUAUCAGAGAAGACACCAAUCACUGAAGAACAGGCUGCAGCUGCUGGGCUUCUUGCUGAAUUGCCAGAGAGAGACUUGGGUCUUACUCAGGAAUUGUUUGGAGUAGGUGCUUUUGAAAAAAUCAUCUCCAAAGUGAUUGGAAUCCGCCAAGGGGAAAUCAAGGGAAUCCGCCAACGGUUUGAGAGAACUUUUCUUGAAGGACUUGUGCGUAUACUUGCUAGGAUUACCUUUGCAUUCAACAAGGAGACUCGGGCCAUUACCUUCUGCUGUGAGUACAAUGUUGCUUCGCUCUUCAUUCAUCUGCUUCAAUCCAACGGUCAAGAUAACAUCCAGAUGGUUUCUGCCAUGGCUCUAGAGAAUCUUUCACUAGAGUCUAAAAACCUGACACGGAUCCCCGAUCUGCCUCCACCGAACUACUGUGGCUCCAUCUUUUCAUGUAUGAGCAAACCGCACGUCGUAACCGGGCUGUGCAAGAUCCACCAGGGAAUAUGUUCAUUAAGAGAAACAUUUUGCCUCGUCGAAGGACAAGCCGUGGAGAAAUUAGUGGCUCUGUUGGACCAUGAAAAUGUGAAAGUGGUGGAGGCCGCGCUUGCAGCUCUUUCGAGCUUAUUAGAAGACGGGUUAGAUGUGGAGAAAGGGGUCAAGAUAAUUGAUGAGGCGGAAGGGAUACGGCAUAUACUAAACGUUCUGAUUGAGAACCGAAAUGAGAGGCUGAGAAGGAGAGCGGUUUGGGUGGUGGAAAGGAUCUUGCGGAUAGAAGAGAUAGCAAGAGAGGUCGCGGAAGAACCGAACUGCAGCGCUGCGCUUGUAGACGCCUUUCAAAACGCUGAUUAUAGAACACGGCAAGACGCUGAGAAGGCGUUGAGACACAUUGAUAAAAUCCCUAACUUCUCAGGUAUAUUCCCAAACAUGGCAUAG